CACCCAUCGACUGGUGAUACUAAACAAGAACUGAUAACAGGAUUUAGUAUAAGUGUUAACUUCUGAAGCGAUGUCAACGGACAGGCAACAGCUGCUUUUCGAGGGCUUCUUGAAGAAAAGGAAAGAUACAAUGAAAAUGAAGUGGUCAACCUAUUGGUUCAGGCUCCAAAACACAACAUUAUUCUUCUACACUAAGAAACAUGGGAGUGCUUCACACCUAAGAGGCCUGUACUACAUCUACACUGUGCAGUCCGUGCGUGAGAUCCAGAGGGAGAAGCGUAAGCACUACGUGUUUGAAAUCACCAUGAAGAAUGGGAAGAGGAAAGUACUGGCUGCAGAGACAGCUGAUCUGAGGAGGGAGUGGAUUGGCCAGCUGUGGAGGGCCAUGCAUCUCUCAGGCCCAGGGGGCACAGACCCAGGCUGCAUACGACAGCAGGAUGUGAGGUCUGAUGACCUGAAGGUCAGAGGUCGCUUCAGCACCUAUAACAGCUCAGAAUGUGACAGCAUGACGGAACCACUGGGGGUUCAUCGACCCCUCUCUGCACCCCUCAACCCCUCCAUCCCUGACCAAGACCAGGGAACCAGGAGUACCCACUGCCUCUCAGGCCCCCUCACCCCUGACCAAGACCUAGACCAGGGGGACAGGAGUACCCACUGCCUCUCAGGCCCCCUCACCCCUGACCAAAAUCUGGUCAGGGCUACCCUCUCUCUCUCCCUCUCUGACGAGCUCAGUAGUGAGGAAGCCAUAUGCCAGAACACCAUCUCACAUUAUGGAGAGGAGGAUGAGGACAGUGUCCAUAGAUUUAGAAGGAGAUGUGAAGAGGAGAGAGAUGAAGAAGAGGAGGAAGAGUGUAAGGAGGAAGAGGAUCAGUAUGACAUUCUACCAGCCCCCCGGAACUCUGAGUAUCACAUCAACCAAUCAGAUGAAGACUUGACUGAUGGAGAGGACCUCUAUGACUUCCCACUGUCCAAUAGGAGGGCAAGUGACCGCCAAGAUUAUAGCGAGAUGACAGAGAGCAUCUAUGACGUCCCCAGUUCCCUAAUGAGGAAAAUGUCUGAACACACACUUGCAGAGCCAUACCCUGGAGGUGAGAUACUGGUGGAGGACAGGGGCCUCCUGGAUGACAUGAUGGCCAGUCUGGGUGGAGGGACGGUGGGCUGGAUAACAGGUGCUUCUACUGGCUCUGUGGAGCCCUACGGGCUGGCUCAUCAUGGCUCUUAGGACUGGUAUAUAGUAUAGACUCUGGAUAAUAGAGACUGAAUGAGUUUUCCUCAUUCAAAUUGUUCUAUAAGGCUUGACACAUUCUGUUAGAGAUUUAAAUAUGUUUACAUUUUAUGAAAGAAAUCUCAUUUGUCAUGAUAUUCUAUUGACUUCUCUUUUAAUACAAUCUACUGUCAAUGAAAUACCAUAUUAAAUAACUAACUUUAUACUGUCAGUGUUCCACUUAGUAUAUAAUGUCAUGAGAGAGGUACUAUAGUAUUCAGGCAGACCCUAUCCUUUUUUAGGGGGUAGAUCAGCUUUAAUACUGCAGAUAGAUUGUGGCUUCUAUCAAUGUAAUUGUCUCCAUCAUUUCCAAUCCCCUAUGUAUUUGUUUUGUAAAUAUAUACAGUAUAUAUUAUUUUAAAUAUAUAUAUAUUUUAAAUAUAUUUUGCUUCUUUAUUAUUUUCCCCUAACCCUACCACCCCUCCCUUAAUUGGAGUAAACAAAUUAAGUAUAUUUUACUUCUUUAUUAUUUUACCCUAACCCUACAGCCCCUUCCCUACUUGGAGUAAACAACUUAAAUAUAUUUUCCUUCUUUAUUAUUUUCCCUAACCCAACAAUACUUAGGCUUCCAUUUCCAGGUUAUACAUACUACAUACAUUUAAUGGAAAAUAUAUUUUACAUUAGUUUCCUUCUGUUUGUUUUUACUCCCAGCCUUUAGCUACCCUCAACCCCUCCCAUCUAUCUCUGAAGACCAUCCAAUUUAGAUUUUUUUAUUUCACCUUUAUUUAACCAGGUAGGCUAGUUGAGAACAAGUUCUCAUUUGCAGCUGUGACCUGGCCAAGAUAAAGCAAAGCAGUUCGACACAUACAACAACACAGAGUUACGCAUGGAAUAAACAAACAUUCAAUCAAUAAUACAGUAAUACAAUACAUUUCUGGCUGCCAAAAAAAAGGUUCUCAUAGUUUCUACAGAUUGUAAAUUAAAGACAAACACCUUUGCUAAGAGUAUUAUUAUACUAUUGAUCGAUUGACUAUGCCUUUUCAAAUCACCCAGCAGAGCUAUUUGCAGAGUUGGCUCCAAGUAAAUUUGGCAAUUUUUCUGCCAUUUCUGAACCUGCGACCAAAAACAAACUACAUAUGGACAGCACCAAAACAAAUGAUCCAAUUAUUCUGUCUCUUUGCAGCAAAAUCUGCAAAGCUGGGAUGGUUGUAGCCCCAUAUAUAUAACAUUCUAUUGGUUGCAAGAAUAUUAUAUAAUAUUUUAAAUGGAAAAACUCUGGCGUUGUUUUUUGGUCCUUAAAUGAAACUGGUAUACUUUGUUAUUUAUCACAAUUUUCUUUAGAAAAAUGUUGGUAUUUAAUGCAAGGCCGACAGACAAGUUCCUUACGUUCUCCCCUUUCUACUUGCCUCCUCCAUUUUUGCGGUAAUGCUGCAAUCAGUUGGUUGUAAUUUUGGAUAGAGCAGACAUUUCCAUAUAUUUUUGUUAACUGCAUGUAUGAAAUAACUCCACCAGUCCAAUUUCUGAUAUAAUUUACAAAGAUUAUACUGUCUUUUUUUAAAUCAAUUAGUAUAUUUGAUUUCAACCAUAAUAUUUCUUAUGUCUUUUCUGGUGGAUUAAACUGAAAUUGCAACC